ACACACUAACCCGGCGAUCGGAGACUCGUCGCAACAAAAGUAAAAUCAACAAAUUUCAGGAAGAUCCGAAGAAGAAGAAAACGAUGCCUCUGAGUGCGACAAUGGUCGGAGCUUUACUGGGUCUCGGUACCCAGAUGUACUCCAACGCCCUCCGUAAACUCCCUUACAUGCGCCAUCCGUGGGAACAUGUUGUGGGUAUGGGACUUGGUGCUGUGUUCGCGAACCAGCUCGUGAAAUGGGAUGUGAAGCUUAAGGAAGAUCUCGAUGUGAUGCUCGCUAAAGCUAGAGCUGCUAAUGAGCGCCGUUACUUUGAUGAAGAUCGGGAUUAGUUAUUGAGUUACCUUUGAAGUCUUCAGAAAAGAAACUAUCUUCCUCUGAAGUCACCUCAAGUGCUUGUUAUGUUUGUUUUCACUGUAAAAGCUUUUCUUCUCCUUGUCUUUAGAGCUGAGUUCUCUUUUGCUUUGGCACUGGAGUACUUUUCAUUCAAUGUUUUUGGUUAUGAACAUAAAGAUUUGUGCUUUCACAAUCUGAAUCUGUUUGUACCUGGUUAAUAAUGGUGAAUGAUAAACCUUGCAAUCCU